AUGUCAGCAGCAGCAAUAAGGGUGAGCGUCUUGCAUACACGCCAACAACAACAUAAACGCGCCACAGCAUACACGCUCAUUAAGGAUAUGAAAUGGAUAUUGUUGGCGCUAAAAGUUUUGGCUGUAGUGCCAUUCUUCCAGGUUGUACAGCCGUACAAGAUUGCAUUGCCGAAAAAGCAGAGCUUCGCGUCACUUUAUCCUACGCUCCUGCGUCUUUUCUGCUUUAUUGGCACAUUGCUGUACUUGUUUAUGAUCUUCUCGCCCUUCGCCAAAAUCAGCAUUUUCAUCUACAGUGAAAUGGAUAAUGCGACCAUAGCGCUGGAACUGCUGCUCGGUCCACUGAGCAGCGUUAUUAUUUUGUGGAAGAGCGCGCAAAAGUCAAAGAAUUUCGUCAUAAUCAUCAAUCUGCUGCUCGGCGUGGACAAAGAGCUGCAACGGCAUGCACACGCGCCGAGAGCUUUGGAAAAUAAAUGCGCGCAUUUGGAGCGCUACAUGUGGUUGCCGCUGUUCCAUGUCGUCGCGAUAUGUCUUCUGCAAGGGCUGCAUAUGCGUAAAUGCACGUCGUCCAUCUACUGUGUGAGCAUGUACUUCUUCUACAUGGUACUUCACGCCAUUAUUAUCAGUUAUGUGAUAUGGGUGGCGACUUUGUUGCAUUUGCUGGCAGUGCGCUUUAGGUACUUGAACGACUUCAUCAAAAUAUAUACGACGCGGCAGGGCGCGCGCCUAAAGCGCACGGUUGACAUGACAUCGGCGCCCGAGACCUUCACAGCCGAUAUGCUGCUCAUCUAUCGCGAGUAUAAUAAUUUGCUGGCGAUUCACAAGAAGCUCAACGAUCUCGUGCACAUCACGCUGCUGGUUUUCAUAGCUUACUUCUCCUACUCCAGCACUUUGUCGAUGUAUCAAGUCUACCGGACUUUAACGAAACUGGAGGAUAUGAAUGUCAGAGGAAUACUUUGGUGCCUCAUCUAUCUUUGUGUCCAUGUGCCAAUCGUCGCAUUGCUGAUGCGUCGCAGUGACGUGGCAACGAAGGAGGCAAACGGAAUCUCGCGCGUAGUGGCGCGCAUCUACGGCAGGGGCACAGCGCAACAGCGUCUGAUCGAUAAGUUUCUUACCUUCAGCAUUAAACAGGAUGUCCAAUUCACUGCCUUUGAUUUCUUUCCAAUCAACAUGUCAACGCUUUUCAACAUAUGCUCAGCCAUAAUUGCUUACGUGGUUAUUCUAAUACAGUUCAAACAAUUAAAUGAAACGACAGCUGAGGCCUCAGCUUAA